AUCAUCGUUACCUUCAACUCCAGCAGAACAACUCAGAUUAGCUAUUCCAACCAUGUCUGACAACGAGGACAAGAUGGUACAGGACCCCGCCGCGGUCGAGCCGGUCAAGGUGAAAAAGGACAAGAAGGACAAGAAAGACAAGAAGGAGAAGAAGGACAAGAAAGACAAGAAGGAGAAAAAGGAGAAAAAGUCCAAGUCAAAGUCGGAAUCCAAGACCGAUGAGGGAUCGUUAGCGGAGCAGGUCGCUCCUGAGGCUUCGACUUCGGCGGCGGCUACAGCGCAGGCUACGGAUAUGGACGUCGACCCGGUAGCGAAGUCCGAGGUACAGGGAGAAGAGAACUCGACCUCGAUAGAGCCGAAGCCGAAGAAGAGGAAGCGGAGAGAAGGCGAGGUAGAAGAGGACGAGCUCGAAAUCGAUGUCGAUGCUCCGACGCCGUUAUCGAAAGCUCAAGCUCGGGCGGAGAAGAAGAAGGCCAAAAAGGGCAAGAAGGAGGGCAAGGAUGGCAAGGCAGGUGAUGAUGUCGGCGUCGAUGGGGAGGAAGGAAAGACGGCGGAUGGCGAACGGCCGAAGAAGAAGGCGAAAAAGGAGAAGAAGGAGGACGAGGUUCCCAAGCGUAGAAACUCGAUCUGGAUCGGAAACUUGUCCUUCAAGGCGUCCCCGCAAUCUCUCAAGGCUUGGUUCGAGGGGAGGUUGGCUUUGGGGAAUGACGUCGAGGUGGAUGAGAAUAGCGUGACGAGGGUGAAUUUGCCCAUGAAGGAAGGUCGGAAUCGAUGGGGUCAUCAAGAGUGUAAAGGAUUCGCCUACGUUGAUUUCGCCACGCCAGAGCUCCAGCGAAAGGCAGUCGGGCUGAGUGAGACUCUUUUGGACGGUCGAAAGGUGUUGAUCAAGAUGGGUGACGACUUCACCGCCAAGCCUGACGCACGGACACCCAAGCCGUUGUCGGUCCCGGCCGGUGCUAUCCCCAAGAAUCAGCUGCACAAGGAGUCCUCCAGUCUGUUCAUGGGCAACUUGCCCUUUGACGCGACCGAGGAAGAGAUUCGAGAUUUCGUCGAGCACAACGUCAAGCAGCAUACCAAGGAGACCCGUGGCGUGAAAGGAGACGACGACGAUGAGGAUGACGGUUCUGAUAGCGAAAAGGAGGACGGUAGCGAUGCGGAGGGGAGCGUUUCGGACGACGAGUCCGGGUCGGAUGAUGAAGCAGCUGGCGAGAAGAAGCCUGUCAAUACCAUUCCUACCUCGUCGUGCGGUUUGAAAAAGGUCAGGAUGCCCACAUUCGAGGAUUCGGGCAAGUGCAAGGGUUUCGCUUUCAUCGAUUUCAACUCUCCCAAAGAGGCUACAUAUGCGCUUGCGGUUCGAGCGAACCGAUUCUUUAGGGGAAGCAGAAAACUCAACUUGCAGUACGCCUCGGAGAACGCCACAUCGCGAUCCAUGUCCCGGAACAAACGUCUUGGUCUUGAUGAUACCGCACCAUCAUCACGAGGUCCGGCAUCAGAGCGACCUCCUCGAUACUUUGACCGGGCAGCCAGGGCCGAGGGAGGCUCUGGGGAAGCGGAGGCGAACGCACCUGGCGAAGGUGGAGACGAGGCGCCGGCAGUGCGCAAGUCGACGAGCAUGAUCGGAAAGAAGUGGGAGGUCGCAGGUCGACCGAGACCCGGAGCGGCUUUGGCGAUGGCCAAGCGAGAAAACGUCUCGAUCGUCGAGAGCCAGGGAAAGAAGAUUACUUUCUAGGCAGGAGGGUCGAUGGUCUGAAACGGGCAGAUAGAUCAGGGUUCUCGCUCGGCUGGGUGAAGACAUGCAUACGGGGCCGGUCGUCUUUGUUGUUUCAUCUCUUUCGCCUUCUGGGCGCAUGAUGAAUUGUAUGGCAAAUCCUUAUCGCAUUCCCCAAGCGCGUUUUUACUCUGACUUGUCAAAGUGACACAGACUUGUGUCGGAUGCAACGACGG